AUGAGUCUGUCGUUCUCAUGGUGGAGUUGCAAUUUACUAAAACCAAAACAGCACCAUUGCAAUUAUACCACACAUGACCAUCAUCAGUCGUCAAGCAAGUAUAUACAUUUUGUACUUCUUCCAUAUACUCCAGCUGGAUCAGCGCUCCUUGGGGAGAACUAUCACAGUUUACCAAUGCUUGGGAGUAGAGAUUUCAACAAAAAUUUCAACGGUUCUGAAGCACAGCCACUGCUUGAGUUCUUGAAAGACCAAUUCGGAUUACAGAUUAACUCAAACAGAACUCAACAUACAACACAACAUGGGACAACCAUUGAUGUUGUUUUCCAACGGGGGUUAAUUUGGAUAAGCAUUGACGAAACGACUGACGUGGAGGGUCGAUAUAUUGCCAAUGUCAUUAUCGGGACAUUAGAGAUAAAUGAACCAGGACAAAUAUUUCUUCUUGCAUCCGAAAUUUUGGAGAAAGCCAAUCAUCAAGGCAUAUGUAAGUUGUUUGAAGAUUCUCUUUUACUUCUUUGGCCAGAUAAAAUAUGCCGGGAAAAUGUUUUAUUAUUUGUCACGGAUGCUGCGCCGUAUAUGGUGAAGGCUGUAAAAGUUUUACAAUCGUUAUUCACAAAAAUGAUUCAUAUCACCUGUGUUGCACACGGGUUGCAUCGUAUUUCAGAGGAAGUGCGUAAACAUUUUUCAAAAGUCGAUAGUUUAAUUUCUAAUGGUAAAAAAGUGUUUUUAAAGGCUCCAUCAAGAAUAAAUGCUUUUCAAACUAUUGCUCCUGAAAUUUCUUUACCACCUCAACCAAUUAUUACACGUUGGGGUACAUGGUUGGACGCAGCGGCAUAUUAUUGUGAUCACUUUGAUACAUUUUUUAGAGUUAUGCAAACCUUUGAUAAAAAUGAUGCAAGUUCCGUUAAUAUUACAAAAUCGUUGAUGGAAGAUCCAACUAUAAAAAAUGAUUUAAUUUUCAUUAAAACACACUUCGGAUUUUUAGUGGAUAAAAUUACUAGCUUGGAAAAACAAGGCGUCCUAUUGACAGAUUCUAUUUUAAUAGUCGAAGAAGUUAAAGCUAAAAUUUUUCAAGUCCCAGGAAAUGUAGGAAAAUCUAUACAAACCAAACUUGAUAGCGUUUAUGAUAAAAAUCAUGGACUGAAGAAAUUGAAUACAAUUUCAAACAUUUUGGCAGGAAAAAAUCAUGUUACUAUUCAAGACUUGGAAGAAGAACUAACUACGUCAGACCUACCAUGUUUCAAAUAUGCUCCUGUCUCAUCUACCGAUGUAGAACGCAGUUUUUCAAAAUUCAAAAUGUUGCUAUCGGAUAACAGAAGAAAAUUUACUUUUGAUAAUUUAAAGAAAACAUUGAUCAUCCAGUGCAAUUCCCAAUUACUAGAUUAACAAAAAAUU